CACACACUUGAGAGAGAAGAUGGCAGCUAAAACGCAUAGGAAAAUGGCACUGCGAAGAAAGCUUCACAUCUUGAGGACUCUAACCAAAUCUAAAUCGGUGAAAAGGAGUUCCAUUAUCAUGGAUGCUUUUCUCUACAUCAACAAGUUGAAGCUCCAGGUUGAAGCCAUCAAAAAAGAGUACCAAUACCUAAUCAAUAAUAUCCAACAAGUGAAGGUGGAGAAGGUUGGGACAGGACAUCUAGUGGUGAUGGUGACUUGCAAGAAAGGAGAAGAGAUAUUGGUGUCAAUUCUUGAGGCAUUUGAGAAAUUAAAUGUGAAUGUGGUGCAAGCUAGGGUUUCUUGCAACCACUUUUUUAGCAUGGAAGCCAUUGUUCAAGACACCAUUGAUGCCUCAAUCUUGAGGGACUCCAUUCUCGAGCUCAUCCAACAACAAACUUAUAAUUAAAUCUAUUUUUUGAAUUAUUGUUUCUAUUGCUAUUUUAUUAAUUAUUAGUAGUAUUCCUACUACGUUGUAAAGGGCCACUUUCAAUUUUGAGGUGUGAAGGGGAGAGAAAGUGGCUUACCAUUGUGCUGGAAGAAAAAACAAAAAACAAAAUAUAUAUAUAUAUAUAUAUGAGAAA